UCGUUUUAUUGUGAAAGCGCUAAGCGGAAGUAGGGAGUGACAGUGCGUAUGCAGUAUCCUGUGUAGCUCCAGCCUCCUUAGCCAGCCGCACCUGUUUUACUGUCUAGUCCUUUUUGAAAGAUCAGCACUAUGAAUCAAGAGAAGCUCGCCAAACUCCAAGCACAAGUGCGGAUAGGUGGAAAGGGAACGGCUCGCAGGAAGAAAAAGGUGGUCCACAAAACAGCGACAGCUGACGACAAAAAACUCCAAGGCUCUCUGAAGAAACUGUCAGUCAACAACAUUGCAGGCAUCGAGGAGGUGAACAUGAUCAAAGACGACGGCACAGUGAUCCACUUCAACAACCCCAAAGUGCAGGCGUCUCUGUCGGCCAACACUUUUGCCAUCACGGGCCACGCCGAAACCAAGCAGCUGACUGAGAUGCUUCCCGGGAUCCUCAGCCAGCUGGGGGCUGACAGCCUCAGCAGCCUGCGCAAGUUGGCCGAGCAGUUCCCACGGCAAGCGAUGGACAUGAAAGCAGUGAAGGAGGAAAUAGCCGAGGAAGACGACGACGCCGUGCCAGAUCUGGUGGAAAACUUUGACGAAGCCUCAAAGAACGAAGCCAACUGAUUCUUCCUUCCCAGUCAGCCGUUUUCUUUUCUCAUCUGUUGCACGCUCGCUUUCGACACUAAAGAGUGUUUUCUUGUGCGGGGAGACGGUUGUUUGAAGGUGCAGUGCAUCAUCUUCAUCUUUUUGAGGGCGUGCACCACUCCCAGAAUACAUCAGAAGGCACUGCAACAGUGCACAAAAGCAGUCCGCCAACGGCCUUUUUGUCAGCAGUCAGCACCCAAAGGACUCGACAAAUGGCUUUAAGAAUAUGCUUCUCACACGCUUCACCUCACCGAUUAUUUAACAGAUUCUUUAUUAAAAGGUGACAAUAAUUCGUUUUACAUUUAGUGGGGAAAAUGAUUUAAUAAAAGAUUUUUUUGGA